ACGGAAUGGAAUACAACAACAGCAACUUUCUAUUUUGAUUGGCAUUCGCAAAAAAUGCUUUCGAUUGGUCGAAAUGAAUGCACUCCGCAACGUCCUCAUGCUGCCCCUGCUGGGACCCCUGAGCCUAUUGGGCAGCAUGCGGAGUGGAUUCAAUCCGACCAUGCUUGAUACAAAUUACAAAUGAUACACAAUCGUCAGUCGUCACGUGAUCGUCGUCUGUUUCGUUUCGCGCGUUUCGUGUGAACACAUGCAACGUUAGCUUCGACCGGCCCUGAUGCCCCUGAAGUAGCGUUUUAAACUAAACCGUUCUUUUCAAUCUAACAAUUGAAGAAAAAUUGUUCUUGCUGUUGACUUUCACUCGAAUCGAAUUUUUAUAUUAUUUCACGAUGGAGAGCAGAGAUGAAGAAGUGCAACCACAGCUCCUUUCAGAUGAUCAAGUUAUUGUGGCUUCUUGUGAUAGUUCAAGAGUUACUAUCAUCAAUGAAGGAACACCUUUACAUUCGGCAGAAAAUGGCUUGUGGGAAAUCUUCUACAUAAACAUUUCAGAGGAAGACAUGGUAUCUGAUCAUCCAGCAAAUACUGAUGAUACUGUUAUUCCAAAGGCAGAUGAGGAACAAAUAGCUAUUACUGAUGGUUAUCUGGAAGGAAUAGUGUCGUUUGAAUACUUCAUGACAAGAGUAGAAAACUCAGAUGGUUCCGAGUCUGGCAUGGAAGACUCAUCUGAUACAGAUUAUGAAGAAGAAGUGCUGGAAAGAAACUCAAAUGACCCAGAAUAUUUUCCUGAAGAAUCUUCCAACCCAGUGAAAAAGAGAAAAUGCACACCAGUUACAAAAAGACUUCCACCACAUUUACAAGGUCUCAUGGGUGAAGCAAACUUGAGAUAUGCAAGGGGUGAGAAUGAAGAUGCCAUCAACCUCUGCAAGGAAAUAAUUAGACAGGCCCCAAGUUAUGCUGAACCUUUUCAAUUUCUAAGCAUGUGCUAUAAGGACCAGAGAGAUGAUGAAAUGUCAUACCAGUUAUCUUUAAUAGCUGCAUAUUUAUCUCCUCAAUCUCCCCAACAGGCCAAUGAAUGGUUACAAUUAGCCCAGGUGUGUUUGAAGCGAAGAGAUGAGAUACAGGCAAAGAAAUGCCUUGCCAAAGCUGUUCAAGCAGACCCUACAAAUCUUCAAAUUCAUGAACGUCGAUGCCAGGUGUUGGAAUCAAUUGGUGCUGAAAAAGAGCAGUUGAAAGCUCGCCUGACUAUGUUGCGAGGUGUCCAACCGGAAAAUGAACAAAAGAAAAAUGAAUGGGUCGAGCUUGCUGAAAAAAUUGCCAGGAUUUACAUUGAGAGUGGCAACUUGCAUUCAGCGCGUAGGGCGCUCAGUAAUGCUCUUGUCACCUGCGCAGAUAAUUUCAAAAUGAAUCAUUUUAACCUUUUAUUGGAACUCCAGAUCUUGACGAAACAUUAUCUCGAUGUCAUAAAAACUCUUAAUAGACAUUGCGGGUUGGUGUUUAACAAUAACAUAAUCGACGAAAUUGAUCUCGAAGAAACGGAAUCUAUGGAACUGACGGAAGAACUGCCAAUAGGCAUUCUCAGCAAGCUCUGCAUUGCCUUGGUUUACUUUAACAAACAAGAAUUUGCAUUUCCUUUGAUCGAAACUUUUAUGGAGCAUGACGUCGAAAGUUUUGGGGGUAUCCACCUCGACGUUGCCGAGGCCCUAGUAGAAAAAGAAUUCCAUCAACAAGCUUUGACAUUGCUAGAGAUCCUAACAAAAAGUAAAUCCUUUUCUCAAGCUGAAGUUUGGCUGAAAUAUGCAAACUGUCUCAAUGCUCUCAAUCGGUCAGACGAAGCAAUCGUGGCAUUCCGACAUGUUAUUCAUCUAGUGCCAUCAAGGGAGGAUGCUAAAAUAUCUCUAGCAGAAUUGUUCACCAAAUUAGGUCGACGAAGAAGCUUUGGAAGCUGUAACGCAAGACUCGGAAGCUACUCGGAUUGAAGCCAGCGUUUUGCAUCACAAGUGCCUCUUGCUUUUGAAAGAAGGAAAAAUGAAUCAGUUCGUUGCGGCUUACAAAUUGCUGAUGAUGCGUGACGCCUCGAAUAUUCAAUCCAAGGACGAAGUGAACAAAGCGUGCGGCGCCAAAAAAGUAGGGUGGGAGUCGGCGGAUGAAGAUUCGGACGUGGAAGAAUUGGACUUUGGAGCAUCGUCGAUCGAGUUAGAAGAAGAAUAUCGACUCCUCCGGCUAACGUGUGAAUACCUGUUCAAGGAGAAACGUCUGGUGGAGUUGGAGAGAAUCUGUUUUACGGCUCUUACGUCACCGCUUUUCAGAAGCAAGAGAGAAAUUUGCAGAGAAAUUCAGUUCAUCACCCUUCAAGUGUGUUUAGCUAAAGGCGACUCGUAUUAUGCUUAUAACCUAGCCCGUGGUUUGCUCUUACGUAACAACCUGGAUAACAAAAGAGCUUUGAACCUCAUGAUUCAGGUUAUCAUGCGAGGGGACGAUGUGCGCUACAAUCGUUUUCUUGUGCGGCUACUUCGGAAACACCCCAAACAUGUCUGUCUUAAGUGUUUUGAACGGUCACACGUGUUUAGCCAGCGGUACAUACAAGCGCGCCUUAGAUGCUUAUAUGUCGGCGUGCAAAAUUGAUCCCGACAAUCCGUUGUUUUUGCUGCUUUCUGCAAUUGUCCUGGUUCAGUUGACAUGUCAAAAGUUUUCUAGCGGGAAGCAUUCGCUUGUUACUCAAGCUUGUUCCUUCUUCGAUGCUUAUCUGAAAUCAAGAGGGGACUGUCAAGAGGUUUACUACAACAUCGGCCGGGGAAUGCAUCAGCUUGGCCUUUUAGCUCAUGCUGUGGACUUUUAUAAAAAAGCUCUGCAACACAAGCCAAGCGUCACACGCGGAGAGAAUGCUCAUGUAUUCGACUUAUCCAGAGAAAUCGCCUUUAAUUUAUCGCUCAUCUAUCGGUCGGCUGAUUUUUCCAAUUCUGGUUCCGAUGUUGCUCGUAUGUAUCUGGACAAGUAUAUCACUAUUUGAAAUAUGAUGCAUCAUUUUUCGUUAAAAUUCCAAGGAACUGUAAUGUAUUUGUAAAUAAAUCGUCAUCAAACAAG